UGCGGAGCGAAGUUUCGCACAGAGCAGAGCAAAGGAGUGGAAACAUUUGGCCUAUAUUUCAACGUGUGAUUAGGACUUGGUAUUUUGACACUAACUUUCUAAAAAUCAACAGAGAUGGCUUCUAGAGCAAGGGGACCUAAUGAGGAAGGAGGAUUCGUCAAAUGGGACUGGAACAAAAACAAAUACAUUUGGGUCUCAAAAGAUGACAUCAAGAAGUCUUCCAAGCCAGGCCAAUCCAAGUAUGCAUGGAAAGAUGGCAAUAAAGUUGCUGCCAGACGACCUUCGUACAAGGUUCCUGUGAAGAAGGCUUGCAGACAACCUUUACAGGUAGCCAACAAGCACGGCAAGAUCAAGACCCCAUCACCAAGAAAGCCUUCAGUAAGACGUGUCCAUCAUAAAGCUGAUUUCAUACUCCCAGGAUGCGAUGUCGGCUACGACGAGGUGGACGAUAAGGAGAAUUGCUCACGUAAUGAUAAAUACAAUGCUAGAGAGGAUAGAGCUCCACCUCCAGAGUUACAUUCUGGUCAUACCACCAUCCUAUCCAUCAUGUCCAAUCGUUUGAUCCAUCUCAAUGCUGCCUUAACCUUUUGGCGUCAAGGACCGAAUGACUACAUCUCCUAUGUGAUGAGAACGGAAGAUGAUGCUGCUACAGUAGAUACACUACCUGUCCUAAUCCAUUGCCUAAAGAACAAGACACCAGUCAGCAAACAGCUAUCACUAGGAGCAUGCUUUGAUUUACUCCCUACUCUCAAGAAACUUCUAAGCAGCAAGUAUGAAGAUUACGUGAAGACGAGUCUGGAUACACUGCGUACCAUGUUAAGAUUCUGGUGGACUGAUUUGAUAGCUCACAGAAACCAAAGCUUCUCUGGUAAUUUGCAAGAAAGCAGAAGUGUGGCCGGUAUCUACAUGAGUGCCAUCGCUAUGACAGACAUCAUCACCAAACUAUGCAAGCGGCAAGAUAGUAUAGCAAAGAAAGCAGAGGUUGUUGGAACACUCCUAGCUCAGCUCUAGAGGCCAUUAUCCAAUAUAUUACAAGAUUGCUGUGAAGUAUGUACAUUAAAUCAUGUAAGAUGGAGAUACAUGUAUUUUUCUACCAUUUUUUUUUCUUCAUUUUGUAUUGGUAACUAGAAUUAAUUGAAGCAGGCAGCAUUUAGUUCAAGUCCAUGUUUUGUUUUCAUUUCAUGUUUCAUUACAAGAAAUAACAUUAUAUAUGCAUGUUUUCAUUUGUUUCAUAUUGAUGGUCACAAGUAAUAACAAUAUUGAUUGUUUGGGUAUGUUAAUUAUUUAUGACCACAUUCCCAUAACAUGAAUAUUAGCAAUUGAUAGUAAGGCUGAUUUUUAAAAUUGAUCAUCAAUAGUAAUCAAUGCAAUCAGUAAUAGAAAUCAGCCCCAUUGUCAAGGGCCAUGCUUUAUAUAAUGGGCCCAUGAGAACUUUUCUUAAAAGUUGUCAUUAUCUGAUACUGUAGUAAAAAUUCAAGCACCUGUGCUUUUCGGGCAAUCGAAUAACGGAUAUUUGUCAGAUCUGACAACUUGUCAAAUAAUGGACAUUGAUGAAAUGCCCCCUUGAUUUCCUUCAUUUAAAUCAAUAGUCUUAAUCAAAACUGCUCUCCUGUAGUUUUGUUUUCUUCUUAAGUAAAUUACUGUAUCUUAUUUAGAAAUGUUUGGGUUGAUUUUUCAGUAAUAUACUUAUUGAUAUACAUG